AUGACCCCCACAGCAGCUCCCGCAGAAACCUCCAAGGGCUACGGCCAAGACGUGGUGGAGGGCGCCCACAACCUCGCCAAGGGGUUGCCCCCACCUCAUCCGAUUCCUACAUUCUCGGACCCCCACGCUAAACGGAAGUGGAUUCUUGAGCACUUGGCUGGCGCCUUCAGGGUGUUUGGCAGAAAAGGCUACUCGGUGGGCACCGCAGGCCACAUUUCCGUCAAGGACCCCGUGCAGCCAGGCACGUUCUGGAUCAAUCCGUUGGGCAAACACUUCUCGUUGAUCAAAGUCAGCGACCUUGUCCACAUCGACGAACACUGCAACGUGUUAGCAGACGGAGCCCAGGCUGCCGUCAACGCGGCUGGAUUCUCCAUCCACGUCGCCAUUCACAAGGCCAGACCCGACAUCGCGUCUGCGUGCCAUGCCCAUCUGAUCUACGGCAAGGCAUACUCGUCCUUUGGCAAGGAGCUCGAGAUGAUCAACCAGGACGUGUGUGUGUUCUAUAAGCGCCAAUGCGUGUUCACUAAUUUUGGUGGGGUGGCUGUGGAUGAGCGUGAAGGCGAGGAGAUCGCCGAGGCGUUGGGUGCAAAUGGCGUGGCUGCAAUUUUGCAGAACCACGGCCUUCUCACAGUCGGCUCCACUGUGGAUGAGGCUGCGGCUGCAUUCACGUUGUUGGAGAGCUCGUGUCAUGCCCAGUUGUUGGCGGAUGCUUCGGGACUCAAGAAGUGUAUCAUUCCUGACGACGUAGCCGAGUACACCCUCCGUUUGACGGGAGACCCUGAGAGCAUGUACGGGGAGUUCCAGCCUGAUUACGAGUUGGAGUUGGCCUUGACCAACGGCGAAUUCCUCAAAUAG